CAGUACAGAUUAAUCACAUCACCACUAGUAUCCUGAGAUGGUCGAGAUCUCUUCGCCAGUGGUGGAGCAUGGCAGCGAGGGGCUAGGGUGACCGGUCGCUGCGUUGUCGAGCCAAUCAGUGGACGCGUCGCUUCGCUUGGCUUCUCUCUAUGUUUUCCUCCCCCAAUCUUCAGACUUUUUCUUCUUCCUCAGCCGGACCGUCCCAAGACUGGAUUCCUACCUCUGGUGCUGCGAUUAUUUCUGUCUCGGUCUCGGUUCUUACCUCCUUGGCCGGAAUCCUCAGGUUCGGGGUGCCCAGCCCAGCCAUGGACGACGUCGUGACGGGGGCGAUGACCACGCUCCUGGCCAAGCUGGGCGACCUGCUCGCGUCGGAGUACCAGCUGCAGGCGGGCGUCCGCGGCGACGUCGCGUUCCUCCGGGCCGAGCUGGAGAGCAUGGAGGCGGCGCUCCUCCGGAUCGCCGAGGCGCCGGUCGACCGGCCGCCCGGCGCCCAGGACAGGCUCUGGGCGCGGGAGCUCCGGGAGCUCACCUACGACGCCGAGGACUGCGUCGAGGCCUUCCUCGUGCGCCUGGGCCACCGCCACCACGCGCCGCCGCCCAGCAACGGCCUGCAGGCCGGCCUCAGGGGCUUCGUCCACAGAGGGCUCAGCCUGCUCCGGAGGGCCAAGGCUCGCCGCGACAUGGGCGCCGAGGUCAGGGACAUCAAGAGGCGCGUCGUCGAGGUCAGCGAGCGCCGCGUCAGGUACAAGGUUGAUGGUGUGGCUGCCAAGCCUGAUGUCCCGACCGUCGACAGCCUCCAGUUGCCAGCGCUGUACCCGAAGGCGGCAGAGCUCGUCGGCACCGGAGAGAGGAGUGACGAGCUGGUCAGGAUGCUGAUGGAGGGCGAUGAGGCGUCGAGCCGGCAGUUGAAGGUGGUUUCGGUGGCUGGUUUUGGAGGAUUGGGCAAGACCACUCUUGCUAAGCUAGUGUACGAGAAGCUGAAAGGGCACUUUGAUUGCGCGGCUUUCGUUACCGCCUCUCUGAAUCCUAACAUGGAGAAGGUGCUCAGGAACAUGCUCUGUCAACUCGGCAAUGGAUGUGAUUCCAACGAUGCAACUUGCGGUGGCGAAGCACGGAUCAUUGAUAAGCUAAGAGAAUUCCUUCAAAACAAGAGGUACUUGAUUGUUCUUGAUGACAUAUGGAGCUCUUCAGUGUGGGACACAGUCAAAUAUGCUUUGAUUGAGAAUGGACGUGGAAGCAGAAUAAUCACAACUACUCGCAUUCUUGAUGUCGCGAAACAAGCCUCUGGUAUAGUCUAUCAACUAAAACCUCUAUCUCUUGCUUAUUCAAGAAAGUUAUUCUACCAUAGAACAUUUGGCAUGGAAGACAAAUGUCCUCCAAAUCAAUUAGCUGAAGUAUCUGAGAAUAUUUUAAAGAAGUGUGGCGGUGUACCUUUAGCUGUGAUUACAAUAGCUAGUCUAUUAGCAAGUAAAAGGAGAAAGGAAAAUGCAGAGAAGUACUGGUAUCAAGUAUAUCAAUCCAUGGGUUCUGGAGUAGAGGAAAGCACAGUUGUGAAGGACAUGAGAAGGAUAUUAUCUAUCAGUUACUAUGCUCUUCCCCCACAUCUGAAGACUUGCUUAUUGUACCUAACUUUAUAUCCAACUGAGGAUUAUGGUAUAAUGAGAGAACAGGUAAUAUGCAGAUGGGUUUGUGAAGGUUUUAUCCAGAAAAAACAUGGCAAAACAUUAUAUGAAGUAGGAGAGGAGUACUUUGAAGAUCUCAUCAGUAAAAGUAUGAUCCAACCACAGUUAUAUAACCAUGGUAAUACGCCAAUUUCUGUGCAAAGUACGAUCCGCCGACUGUCCCUCCAAAACAUCAAUGCCGAAGACAGCAAGCAGUUGGCCACCAUGAACUUGUCUCAUUUGAGAUCACUUACUGUGUCACCAGAAGCAUUCACUUAUUUGUUGCCAGCCCUUUCCUGCUUUCCGGUCAUACGUGUGUUGGAUUUACAUGGUUGUAGUCAAGUGGAUGACAAUCACUGCAAGCAGAUCUGCAAUUUGUUUCACUUGAGAUAUCUGAGGCUAUCUGGGACAUCUAUAACUGAGAUACCGAACGAGAUUGGCAAUCUGCAGCUUUUGCAGUUUCUAGACUUAUAUAUGACUAAAAUAAAACAGCUCCCAUCAACCUUUGUUCAACUUAGUCAUCUAGAAUACUUGUCUCUUGAUAACCAGACUAGAUUACCAGAAUGCUUGGGGAACCUAAAGUCUCUGCAGAAGUUAUCACCACAUAUAACAAUCAGGUCUCCAACCAUGCUGCAUGAUUUGGGCAGGCUCUCCGAGCUGAGGCGUUUGUUUGUCCGCUUCGAUGAAUGCGACGAGAGCUAUGACGAACCUUUUGUUCAAUGCCUAUCCAACCUGGUCAAUCUUGAGUCCAUGCAGAUAUUUGAUUGUCACAAUGGCCUAGGUUCCAGCAUUGGCAUUUUAACUCCAGGUCCUCAAAAGCUCCGGUCCAUUAACAUAGGACCCGGCACGAUCAAUAGGGUGCCAAGAUGGAUGUCAUCACUCUCAGCCCUGUCAGCCCUCGAUAUCACAUUACUAGCACUACAAGAGGUGGACCUUCAAAUCCUUGGGAGUGUGCCGUCUCUUCGUAACCUCUACGUAUGGGUGAAAGAGCACAGGAAAGACAGGCAUGAAAGGUUGGUAAUUGGCAGUGACUACCCAUUCCGAUGCCUAGCACGGUUCCGAAUUGGGCGUGGUGCCAUGGAGGUGGAGUUCGCACCAGGAGCCAUGCCAAAGCUCCAAACCCUUCAUCUGGACUUCCAUGUGCGGCACACCAUGGAUCAGUUUGGUAAUUUCGACUUCAGCCUGGAGAACCUCCCUUCCCUCGAGCGUGUCAUUGUUCACAUCAACUGUUACUAUGCGGAGCUUGGAGAGGUGCAGGAAGCAGAGGCCUCAAUAAAGAAAGCACUCGACUUGAAUCCCAAUAAACCCAGACUUGAGUUGGAGAAGCAUGGUGAUUCAUGGAGAUCUGGCUGAUGUGUCUUCUCUAACGCUUAUUAGAGCGGAUAUUAUGCUAUCGUUGUGUUUCUCCUCGCGUGUAAAUGGACAGUGGCUCCUUUUGAGGUUAGAUUAUUGGACACUAGUUUUGUAUGCCAACCAUGCUUUGUGGUGCCUUUGAGGCUUUGUUGCACCGCACCCCUUUGUUUUAUUAAUAUUAUAAUUAUUAUUCUUAUUACUAUAUAUAUAAUUAUUUUCUUUUUCCGUGUAUAUGCAUCAGACACAAUCAGUUAACUGAUCUAUAUUCUGGCACCCAGUGGCUCAAUUCAUCC